GCGACGCCUGGCACCCGGAUAUGAUUGCGGGUUCGGAAGCCCCGCUCUGAGGGAGUGUGGGGGCUUCCGCACGUGCGGCGGGGGCUGUGAGCCGGGAGGACGGGUGAGCGUCUAUUGGGUUCAGUGUCCCGCGCGUGGGGCUGGCGUGUAAGCGUCAUCCCUCUGGGUUUUGAGCGGGGGAUAAAUCAGCGUGGUUAUUGGUCGUGGGAAGAAUUCCACUGCAGGGGCCCGGCGCCAGCGUGUGUGGAAGCCUAACCGAUGGUACCUCGGAGGGCGAGGAGGAGGGUCUUGCAGGCGCCGCUCGGACAGUGACAACAUGAACCUCUUACCCAAAAGCUGCAAGGAGUUUGGCUCCGCGGACUACUGGGAGAAGUUCUUCCAGCAGCGAGGAAGGAGAGCUUUCGAGUGGUAUGGAAGCUACCUGGAGCUGUGCGGGCUGCUGCACAAGUACAUCAAACCCAGAGAGAAGCCCAGAAGAAACGGAAAAAGGACAGGAAGAAGCAGCGGCCUGCUGACGCUCCAGAGGACCUCCCCACGGCCCCAGGGCAGUCCAUCGACAAGAGUUACCUGUGCUGUGAACACCACAAAGCAAUGGUUGCGGGCCUUGCCCUGCUCAGAAACCCGGAGCUGCUCCUAGAGACCCCACUGGCAUUGUUGGUGGUAGGACUGGCUGGGGGCAGCCUCUCCCUGUUUGUCCACGAUCAUUUCCCGAAGACCUACAUUGAUGCUGUGGAGAUCGACCCCUCCAUGUUGGAAGUGGCCAGCCGGUGGUUUGGCUUCUCCCAGAGCGACCGGAUGAAGGUCCAUAUUGCAGAUGGACUGGACUAUAUUACCAGCCUGGCAGGAAGAGAAGGACAGCCCCACUACAAUGUCGUCAUGUUUGAUGUCGACAGUAAGGACCCAACACUGGGAAUGGGUUGUCCACCACCAGCUUUUGUGAACCAGCCGUUCCUGUAGAAGGUCAAAAGCAUCUUGACUCCUGAAGGUCUUCUACUAUCCUGAGUUUGUGCUCUCUGUGCCCUGACGGCUGGCCUUGGGCUGCCAGGGCUACUCCAGGCCUAUGGAGCUUUGGCCAGAUCUCAACCACCUGAAUGUCCUCAGGGUGAAGCAAUCUCUCACCCAAAAUAUUUCAGCAAUGGAGCUUUAAACUGGUAAUCGUCCCAUUGAUACUUGCUGUCUAAUGGUAUCCCAGGAUUCUCCAGCAAGCAAUGCUCCUGGGUUUCUGUUAUUGGAGGUUCUCCAGGCCAUCAUGUCUUGGCAAGGAAGUCCAUGUUCCCCGAGCUUUACUUUUAGGAGUAUAAUACCUAUUUGUGUAAGUUAAACUCUAUAAUAGGCAGAUCCCAUGUACCCCUGUUAUCCCAAUCUGUGUCCUGUCCUUUCAAGACACUUACUCCGUCCCACGUUUCUGGCUUCCCUGACUUAAGCAACCUGUGCAUGCUAAGUACAUCCCUGUUUGCUGCCCUAGGGCAUCUGGAGCCCUCCAGGCCUGUAGAGCUAGGGCCCAUCUUCAACCACCUGCAUUGGAAUGAACCCACCCACUGAAAAUUACUUGGAGGCAGUUGCUGAGAAGAGUGGCCAUCUGUCCCCGUGUGGACUAUCUGCCAGGGUCCCUGGCUUCUAUAGCAGUCAGCGUUCUCACGUAUCUCCUAUUAGAGGAUACCCCAACAAGCCAUCAGAUUCAGCUCUGGCAAGGCAGGCCAGGUUACUCUAGCUCUGCCUUCAGUGGUGGUAUGCACAUUUGUGUAGGUUAGGUUGGAAUUAGUCAGAUACCUUGUAAUUCCAAGAGUCCGUUCCUUCAUCUCAGUCUUCUGGACACUUGCCCUGUUCUAGGUUCCUGGCUACCCUGACCUUUCGUUCUGACACAUGGAUAGUGUGUACCCCAUCAGCUGCCUUUAGGCAGUGGGAACUCUUAAGGUAUGUGGGUCUAGGACCCAUCCAGAACCAUCUGCAUUAUCGCAAGGGGAGGGAGCCCAUCCACUGAAAAUUGCCCUGAGGUAGCUGCUGAAAUGAGUGUAAAUCAGGCUCCAUGUGGAGUUGCUAUUUGAAGGGACCCCAGGCUUAGAAUUCUAAGAAGUAAGACUCCCAGGUAUUUCUUAAUGGAGGAUACCUUGUUCUGCCUGUUCAUGCCUCUUCAUCAUGAGACAGUUAAAAAAGACUCCAGCUCUGCCAUCGUCGGGGAUAUUCCACAAUGUGUAGAUAAACCUUUGGGAUUAGGCUGACAUUUUGUACCUGUAGGAGUCUGCUCCUGUCACCUGGCCUCUUCAGCACUCGAUCCUUUCCGGGUUUCUGGCUACCCUGACCUGCUUGGCCCAUGGACGUGCUGACCACACUGUCUUGUGGAUCUCUGGCCAAGCUCAACCACGACAUAGCCUCCUGCAUGGAGGAAGCCAACCCCCCAAAUCCUUCUGAGGGAGCAGCUGCAAAUGGACAACAGUCCCCAUUUAGACUGGCUGCCUACUGGGAUCCUGGCUUUCUCCAGUGACCAGGGCUCCCAGGUGUCUCCUAUUGGAGGAUAUCCUGGCCAGACUGCUUGGAUGCUCCAUGGCAGGCCAGUUGAAUAACCUUUAUGGCUGCCUUCAUGGGGAAUUCCCUAUCUGGCCUGUAGGGCUUUCAAUUAGGCAUAAACCCUAUCCCCUAAGAGUUUGCUCCUGUGCUCUAGCAUCUCCCGACCCCUGUCCUGUUCCAGAUCCCUGGCUUCCCUGAAUAGCACUGCAUAUGCAUAUGCUGUAUGCACACAUUCAGCAGGCUUUGGACAGCAGGGUCCUAGAGUCACAGAGAACUAGGACUAGACCCAACCAGCUGCAUAGCCUCCAGGAAGGAAUGAGUCCACCCCCCAAUAAUCACACUGAGGCAACAGAUUGCUGAUCGUUCCCAUUUGCACUUGCUACUUGAUCAGGCUCUGGCUUCUUUAGCAAGUGGGACUCCCAGGUGUCUCCUACUGAGGUACACCUGCUAGACACCCAGCCCACAAUGACAGAAGGAAUGCAGUAUGCUGCAACUCUGUUUCCAGGGGCAGUAUGUGUAUUUGUAUAGCCUAAGACUUAAAAUUAAGCCCAUUCCUUGUUCUUUACACGUCUACAUUUGUGUUAGCCUCUUGACCCUUGCUACAGUACAGAUACCUGGCAACCCUGACCCCCCCACCUUCCCCUGCACGUGCAUACACAGUACACACCCCUGUAGCAGGCUGUGGGUAGCCCAGGCUAACCUGGGAAACUGACCUCCCCUAACCACCUGCAUGCCUUCAGCUUGGAGGGAGCCCACCCCUAGAAAUCACUCAGAGGCAGCUGCAAAUUGGCAACAGUCAGUCCCCAUUUGGACUUCCUUCUUGAUCCAGUUCUGGGCUGCUUUUGCAUCCAGGGCUUCUAGGUAUCUUUUAUUGGAGGAUAUGUGAGCCAGCUGUCCAGCCCACCCUGGCAAGGUAGUCCAGCAUCCUCCUCUGCCUUCAUGAGGAUUAUGGGUGUUUGUGUAGGCUAGGGCUUACAGUUAUGCCCAUACCUUGUUCCACAAGAGCUUGAUCCUGUGAUCUCGACUUUCCAGACCCUUACCCUGGUCAAGAUCCCUGGCACCCUUAAAUGCACUGUGCCCAUAUGUGCCGUACAUAUCCCUUCAGCAGGCCUUGGGUUUCUUAUUGGAGAAUUGGAGAAUUCACCAGACAACAGCCCAGCCCAACCCGACAAGGCAGUCUAAUAUACUCCAGUUCUGCUUAAGGGGGAAUAUGGGCAUCUGUGCAGGAAGGGCUAGCUUCUAGGCAUAGGCCUGUCCCCCAAGAGUCUGUUCCUGUGGGCCAGCCUCUACAGGUCCAUGCCCAGUGGCUGCUUCAGAGUGAUUUUAGGGGGCUGGGCUCUCCCCCACCCUAAGGCUGGUUCACAGGAGCGGGUUUUUGGGGAUACAAGGUUAUCUGCCUAAUUCCAAGACCUAACCUACACAAAUGUCCAUAUUCCACAAGAAGGCAGAGCUGGAGGAGUCUUGAUGGUGUUGCCACAUCAAGGCUGGAUAGAGGGCCAGGGUACUCCAAUAAGAGACAGCUUGGGAGCCUGGAAUCCUGGAAAAGCCUGGGAACCCACCAGGCAGCCCGUCCAAAUAGGGACUUACUGUCAACACUUUAUUUUUUUUUAUUUUUAAAGAUUUUUUUUUAUUUUUUUUAUUUGACAGAGACACAGCAAGAGAGGGAACACAAGCAAGGGGGAGUGGGAGAGGGAGAAGCAGGCUCCCCGCCGAGCAGGGAGCCUGAUGUGGGGCUCGAUCCCAGGACCCUGGGAUCAGGACCUGAGCCGAAGGCAGAUGCUUAAUGACUGAGCCACCCAAGCGCCCCACUGUCAACACUUUAAAGCUGCCACCUCAUAAAGAUUUUUGGGCUGUGGGCUUCCUCCACCUUGGAGUUACUGAGGUGUUCACCAUCCAGUCUGAACUCCAGAGUCCUGGAGGGCCCCCAGUGGACAAAGACCUGCUGACACAGUGAAGACGGCAUGCACAGGUGGCAUAGGUCAGGGGAGCCAGGGACCUGGACCAGGACAACGUCAAGCAAGGCUGGGUCACAAGAGGGGGCUCUUACAGGUCCCUGGAAUCUGCCUAUUCCGUGCCUUAACCUAAGCAAACGUACUUAAUUCCCCUGAAGGCAGAGGUGGAGGAGUCUGGUUGUAUGCUCUGAGAUGCUUAGGAACCUUUUGUUUAGAGAAACCUGGGACCCAAUCUCACAGCCAGUCCACAUGGGGACUGACUGUAGCUCAUUUCAGCUUCUGCCUCACAGCGAUUUUGGGAGAGGGAGAUAGGUUUCCUCCUCAUAUGAAGGAAUGCAGGUGUUGAGGAUUGCCCCUUACUCCACAGGCCUUGAGGGCCCCAGAUGUCCAAAGGUGGCUGACAGAGUUCCUACUGUGCAGGUGCAGAGGUCAGGGUAGCUAAGUACCUAGAACAGGGCAAGGGCAUGGAGAGGUCAGGUCAUGGUGUGGGCUCUUUGGAUUCAAGGCAUAUACCUAAUUGUGGGCUCUACCUUCCCUAUGAGGAAUGUCCCCUGAAGGCAGGCUGGAAGAAUCUGGUCUGCUUUGCCAAGGGGAGGUGGGGAGCGGGCGCUGGCCAGAGUAUACUCUAAUUAGAGACACCUGGUAGCCUUGAUUAUUGGAGAAGCCCAGGAUCCAGUCAAGCAACAAGUCCAAAUGGGGACUAUCACCAAUUUAAAUCAGUCCGCAUUUGGACUUGUUGCUUGAUCAAGUCUUGGGUUUCUCAUACUGAAGGAUACCCCUGCAAGUUUCCCCAGCCCUUCCAUAAGGAGGCAGUUGAGUAAUUUGGAUCUCUGCAUUCAGGAGGGAGUAUUACCAUUGAGCAGGUUACCACUGAAGGUUAGGCAUAUGCCUUGACACCCCCCCCACCCCCGGCCCUGCUCCCAUGACCUGGCCUAUACAGAGCCUUGCCCUCUUCCAGAUGCCUGUCACCUCUGAACUGCACUUCAUGUGCAUGUGUAGCAAGCGCUCCUGUAGCAGGCCUUGGGAAGCUGGGUCCCUCAUAAGGGUUUCGGAGGAUGUUGAUAAUUCAGAACCCUUGCGCACUGUUGGGAACGUAAAAUGUGGCAGCCACUAUGGAAAACAGUAUGGGGGUUCCUCAAAAAAUUGAUAGAAUUACCCUAUGAUCAAGAUAUCCCAUUUCUGGGUAUAUAUCCAAAAGAACUGAAAGCAGUAUCUUGAAGAGGUAUUUGCACCCCCAUGUUCAUAGCAGUACUAUUCACAGUAGCUAAGAGGUGGAGCAACCCAAAUAUCCACUGGGUGGGUGGAUGCAUAGAUGUAGUAGGAUGCUAAUCAGCCUUGAAAAAGAAGGAAAUCGUCACAUACGCUACAACAUGGAUCAUCCUUGAGGAUACUGGGCUAAUCACAAAAAGACAAAUAACAUAUGGCUCCACUCGUAUGGGGUAUCUGAAGUAGUCACAUUUAUAGAAAUAGAAAGUAGAAUUUUUCAUUGCCCGGGUUUUGGGAGAGGGUAAGAUGGGGAGUUGUUCAAUGGCUAUAGUUUCCGUUUUACAUGAAAAAAUACUAGAGAUCUGUUGCACAAUAAUGUGGAUAUUGCUAACACUACUCAACUAUAUAGUUUAAAAUGGUUAAGAGGGAGGGCACCUGCCUGGCUCGGUCGGUAGAGCAUGUGACUCUUGAUCUCAGGGUCAUGAGUUUGAGCCCCACAUUGGGUGCAGAGCUUACUUAAAAAUACUUUAAAAUUUUAGGGGCGCCUGGGUGGCUCAGUCGUUAAGCGUCUGCUUUCGGCUGGGGUCGUGGUCCCAGGGUCCUGGGAUUGAGCCCCGCAUCGGGCUCCCUGCUCCGCAGGAAGCCUGCUUCUCCCUCUCCCACUCCCCCUGCUUGUGUUCCGUCUCUCGCUGUGUCUCUCUCUGUCAAAUAAAUAAAUAAAAUCUAAAAAAAAAAAAAAAUUUAAAAAUUUUUUUAAAAUAGGAAAUUAAAACAAUAUAUAUGUUUUUAAAAUGUUAAAUUUUCCUGCCUAACAGCCUUUGUUCCUGCUGUUCUUUUGGCCUGGAACACUCUUUCCCUUGCUUUUUGCAUGACUGGUUCCUUCUCUGGUUUCAGCUUAAAUGUUACCUCCCCAGAGAGAUCCCCACUGACAACCCUGUCUUUUGAAAUAGGUUCCCCUUGAGUCCAUUCUCAACCACUUGUUUGUUCUUUUCAAAGUACUUAUCACAAUAUAGAAUUUAUGCUUUUCUUUCCUGCUGUACUCUGUGCUUAUAUUUAAGGCACACACCUAGUUUAGUAAGAGUUAUACAAUAAGUGUCCAAUAUAUUUUUUGUGAAUGAACAGAUGAGUCUAUAUAAACUCGGAAUAAUAACAUCUGCCUCAUGGGGUUGCUUCGAGAAUCAGGUGCAGUAACAUAUAUGGCAGAGGGCCUGGCACAUAAUAACUCUAGUUCUAGGGACAGACAUUUUUGUACCAGAUGACCUUUCAAGUCCAAUCCAGCUCCAAGAUUCUCAGGAAUGGUACAAGGGCCCUUUGCAAGGCAGAGCUGUGUGCAUAUUAGUAAGCAAAACACCUGUAUUCUAGUUAGUAAGAGCAACCUUACCAACAAGUAGGAUCUUUCAUGCCUGGGACAAAUAGGUGCAGAAGUAGUUGUUUGUUCUUUGCUCAGAACUUCCCAGUACCCUCAGGGCCAUCCAUGCCUUGUAGAAGACGAUGGAAUACUUAAAGCAGGAGUUCCAAAUCUGGGGACCCUUGAGGAUCUGUGGAUAGAAUUCAGAGGGUGUGUGAACUUGGAUGGGAAAAAAAUUACAUCUUUAUUUUCACUAACCUCAAACAAAUUUAGCAUUUCUUUCACCUCUAAAUGGAGUAAGUGGAGACCCAUCUCCACAAAAUAACAGUCAGUAGUAGUAGCUGUACCUGUGAUUUUAUUACCAAUUGGAAUCACUAAGAUUUUUGUAUCACAUUACAAUAAUAGAUAUCUUAAAAUAUUUAUGCUCCUUACUAAAAAUCAUGGUAGAUGUUAGGUCUGACAUUAGAUUUUGUUGUUUAAUGAAUUAAUAAAGCACAUAUCUUAGUGUAUCACAAAUCUUGCUUUUAAAAUAUUUUAUAACAUGAUAAAUUGCCUUCCUUUGCAAUUCUGUAUAUUUUAUUUUGAUGCAUUUAGAAACAUUAUUCUAAUAAGAGGUCCCUAACUUCACCAGAUUGGCAAAGGUUCUUGGUACACAAUGCCUGUCACUUAACAGGAGUGUUGUAAAUGUUUCUUCAUGGUUGUGACAAUUUUCCUGUACUUUUGGUAUUGUCUUGAGUCUAUAAUUAUGUAAAGAAUAAACCAGAAAGGCUGGCUAGGUCCUUAGGGAAAACCUGACUACAUUCUUUUAAAAAAACAUUGUUAGAGAAUGAUUUAUUAUUUCACUUUAACUUUUCAUUCUCUGAAGAAAGUUUGAAAUAUAUCUAUUGAAGGUAUUCUGACGACAUCAUUCCAUUCCUUUUUUUUUUUUUUAAGUUUUUGUAUGAGAGAGAGAGUGAGAAACAGUUAUGAGAGGGGAGAGGGUCAGAGGGAGAAGCAGACUCCCCGCUGAGCCGGGAGCCCGAUGUGGGACUCCAUCCCAGGACUCCGGGAUCAUGACCUGAGCUGAAGGCAGUCGCUUAACCAACUGAGCCACCCAGGCACCCCCAUUCCAUUCCUUUUAAAUAACUGCUCUAUACUUGUGACCAUAGCAUGUAAAGCAGGGAACUAUGAUUUGUGAUGUCACUUUAAUUCAGUGAAGUGUGACUGUGGUUCUAAGACCCAACUUUUCAUGGAUUGUAUCCUGAGCUUUGAAAUGAGUGUGAGCAGUGAUGCAGAAUCUUCUUUGCUUUAAAAAAAAAAAAAAAGACUGAAAAUGAAAAACAAAAAUAUUCGCAACUGUAAUAAAGGAAAAGAGGAAUGAUAAAUGUGUAUAUAUCGGGCACCUGGGUGGCUCAGUUGGUUAAGCGACUGCCUUCAGCUCAGGUCAUGAUCCUGGAGUCCCUGGAUCGAGUCCCGCAUCGGGCUCCCUGCUCAGCAGGGAGUCUGCUUCUCCCUCUGACCCUCC